CCCGGUCGUCAUGACCCACCUCACCGGCAUGAUCCUGGCGGGUUCCGUCGAUAGAAUUUUCCAUAUAAAUCGCUCUCGCUCCCGCCUCCCCUUCCCGCUUCUUCACCACCUCACUCCAGCUUCCCGCACACUGUCCGGAAAUGUCUGCCGUCGAAGCCGUCAAGCAAAAGCGUGCCAAGGCCUACGCCCAUCUCGAUGAGGCCAAGCUCGGCUGGUUCCACUUGAGAGCCGUCCUCGUCUCUGGUGCCGGUUUCUUCACCGACCAGUAUGACAACUUCAUCAUCAGCUUGGCCCUGCCCAUGGUCUACCAGGUCUACUACCCCACCGACAGUACCAUGACCAAGUCCAGCUUCACUUCGCAGUUCCCCAACUACGAUGCCUGGAUGAAGGCUGCCACCUCCUGGGGCAACUUUGUCGGCCAGAUUGGCUUCGGUUACCUCGGUGACAAGCUCGGCCGCAAGAACAUGUACGGUAUCGAGCUGAUCGUCAUCAUCGUCUCGACCAUCGGUUCCGCCUUCUCUGCCAGCGCUAUUCGCGGUGCCAACAUCCUCCAGGUCCUUGCCGUCUGGCGUUUCUUCCUCGGUAUCGGUAUCGGUGGUGAUUAUCCUCUCUCUGCCAUCAUCACCUCCGAGUUCGCCAACGUCAAGUGGCGUGGUAUGCUCAUGGCCGCCGUCUUCUCCAUGCAAGGUGUUGGUAUCCUCGUCGGUGCCCUCGUCACCCUCGCCACCCUCGCCGCCCUCCAGUCCUACAUUGUUGCCGACCCCGCCUACCUCGACCUUGUCUGGCGUAUCAUGAUCGGUUUCGGUGUCAUCCCCGCUAUCUCUGCCGUGUACUUCCGUCUCACCAUCCCCGAGACUCCCCGCUACACCGUUGAUGUCAUUGGUGCUGUCGACCAGGCCGCCGCCGAUGUCGAGAAGGUCCUCGCCCUCAACUCCACCGCCGAUGUCUCCUCCAACUGGAAGGGUGAGGAGGUCGCCGAGACCCGCGCCAACGUCAAGAAGGGUGGCUUCUGGGCCCACUUUGGCCAGUGGAAGCACGGCAAGGUCCUCCUCGGUACCUCCGUUGCCUGGUUCUGUCUCGAUGUCGCCUGGUACGGCCUCUCGCUCAACGCCAGCACGAUCCUGACGCUGAUCAACUGGAACGGCUCCAACUCGCUCCCUCCGUACGACAACUACUGGAAAAAAACCAUCGGACAGAUCAUCAUUGUUUGCAUGGGCACUCUCCCCGGUUUCAUUGUCGCCAUUGCCCUGAUUGACAAGAUCGGUCGCAAGCCCAUCCAGCUCGUCGGUUUCAUUGUUAUUGCCAUCUGCCUGACCAUCAAGAACAACACCGUCUUCUUCGCCAUCGUCUACACCAUUGCCCAGUUCUUCUUCCAGUUUGGCCCCAACACCACCACCUUCAUUGUUCCCGGUGAGGUCUUCCCCACUCGCUUCCGUUCCACUGCCCACGGCAUCUCUGCCGGCCUCGGCAAGCUCGGUGCCAUCGUCGGCACCCAGACCCUCACUACCCUCUGGGCCAGCAGCCCCACCGUCAUCAUUUUCAUCUUUGCUGGCGUGAUGAUUGUCGGUGCUGCCGCCACCUUCCUCAUUCCCGAGACCAAGGGCAAGACUCUCGAGGAGCUCUCUGGCGAAGACAAUGUCUUUCACUCCGAGGCUUGAAUGAAACCCCCUCCCACUUGCGACACAUCUUGCAUCAAUCGCUCAUAGCCAGAACGCCCGCUUUGCCUUUCUUUUCUUUUGAAAACUCUUUGCUAUUACUCCCUUGAUUGUCCAAAUUACUGCCGGCUAUGAUUCAAAUGUAACCAGAACAUAUCUCAUGUAUUCGAACACGCUUGGUCGACAACGACGCGAGCUGCCGAACGUGGUGGCCGGUUCGCCCUGGCGAUCUCGGCAUGCUUCGACAUGCGUCGAGCACGAUGCGCGGUGCUUGGGCUUGACUUGGGCUUGACAUGGGCUUGACUUGGGCUUGAUGGUUUGUGGAACGGAUGGGAUUGUUUGUGGAACGGAUGGCAGGAUUCUGC